AUGGGAGUCCGAGCCCACGCCGCCACCUCUGCCCUGGUAUACUUCAUCCAGCUUUCUGGGGCAAGAUGUGAAGAAAAUUGUGUCAAUUCUGAACAUUGUUUGACUACAGACUGGGUACAUCUCUGGUAUAUAUGGUUACUAGUGGUAAUUGGUGGGCUGCUUCUCCUGUGUGGUCUGACGUCAGUGUGCUUCCGCUGCUGCUGUCUGAAUCGCCAGCCAAAUGGGGAAGAUGGGGGACCACCACCUUAUGAAGUAACAGUCAUCGCUUUUGAUCAUGACAGCACUCUCCAGAGCACUAUGACUUCCUUGCAGUCCGUCUUUGGUCCUGCUGCUCGAAGAAUCCUGGCUGUAGCUCAUUCCCACAGCUCCCUGGGCCAACUGCCUUCCUCUUUAGACACCCUCCCAGGGUAUGAAGAAGCUCUUCACAUGAGUCGCUUCACUGUAGCAAGGUGUGGACAGAAAGCCCCUGAUCUACCCCCGGUGCCAGAAGAAAAACAACUGACUCCAAGGGAGAAGGAGUCUCCUCAAAUAGAGCACUCUUCUAAUUGA